UCAACCGGAAGUAAAUAGUAUUCAUGGCAUAGUAACCACUAGUGAGAGGAGACGAAGUAGCAAUUUAAGCGCGGAUGCUAUUUAAUUCAUCGAAUUGAAAUCGCUUGUAAACUUCAGAGUUAGCAGCUUCAGCGUUGAGAGGCAACAGACCUCCCUCCACCACCGGCGUUUCGAUAAUAAACAGCAGAAGGGUGGCGGGAUUGUGCAGCACGCUCGGGGCCUGGAAAGACGUGUGCUAGUCUAGCUAACGUUACGCUGCUUUAACGCGGCAGCCAAGCUAACGUCACGUUUAGUAUCACAGUCUGUCCACUGAAGACCACUGAAGCUGCUAGUUUCACCAGCUAAUGUCAGCUGUCCUUUUACACAGAUAAACAGCAUCAGCCCCGACUAGCUUUAACUGUGGCGGUGGUUGAGAGAAAGCUCCUUUGGAUCUAAGAUGAUCAUUGAAAACCUCGAUGCCUUGAAAACAUGGCUGUCUGAAACCCUCGAGCCCAUCUGUGAUGCAGACCCUUCUGCGCUUGCCAAGUAUGUUGUUGCGUUGGUGAAGAAGGACAAAAGUGAAAAGGAACUUAAAGCCCUUUGUAUAGACCAGUUGGAUGUAUUUCUUCAGAAAGAGACCCAGCCAUUUGUGGAUAAGCUGUUUGAAGCCGUUAACAACAAAAGCUACCUCCCACAGCUUGAGCAGGCACCCUCUGUGGUCAAAGUUGAGAAAGAAGAGCAGAAGAAAGAUGAGGCAAAUCGUGAAGACGAACGAGACAAGAAAUUUUUGCGACGCGUGAAUCACAGCCCCCCGCAAUCAAGUUCUCGCUACAGCAGAGACAGCAGGAGAGGAGAUGACCGUAAGCGAGACGAUCGCUCCAGGAAGAGGGAUUAUGAUCGCAACCCGCCGAGAAGGGACUCCUACCGUGAACGCUACAAUCGCAGAAGAGGCCGCAGCCGCAGUUAUAGUCGUAGUCGUAGCCGAAGCAGGAGCUGGAGCAAAGACCGUAUCCGAGACCGUGACAGAGACAGGGAUAGAGACAGGGAUCGCGAUCGCACCAGGAGCCGGUCCCUCAGCAGAACUCGGUCGAGAAGCAGGAGUCGAGAACGAGACUCUGGAAAGUUGAAGUAUGAUCAUGAACGAGGGGACAGGUCAGAGAGUGGUGAUGGAUAUACCCCAGCUGUUCUUGUCUCCACUGCAACCACUUCACACUUCCCUGUGCCAACGCUGAGCAGCACUAUUACAGUCAUUGCUCCUACACAUCAUCAUAGCAACAACACCACAGAGAGCUGGUCAGACUUCCGUCCCGAGCACCCUAUGGAUCGGGUCCCUUUCAACAGGGGGCCUCCCCCUCAACAGAGAAAUCGAUGCCGUGACUAUGAUGAAAAGGGAUUCUGCAUGCAGGGAGAUAUGUGUCCUUUCGAUCACGGAAGUGAUCCCGUUGUAGUGGAGGAUGUCAAUUUGCCCAGUAUGUUGCCCUUCCAACCUCCACCAAUUCCAGGUGUGGAGCCACCACCACCCCCAGGCCUCCCUCCACCACCGCCUCUCAUGAACCCACCACCUGUGAACCUUCGGCCACCUGUGCCCCCUCCAGGUGCCCUUCCACCUAGCCUCCCACCUGUUGCAGGCCCCCCUCCUCCUCUUCCUCCACUGCAACCAGCAGGGAUGGAUGGUCCUCCCAAUUCCAUCACCAGCUCCGUUCCCACCAUUGUCACCUCUGGGAUGCGCUCCUCGCUUCCACCGCCCUCAGGACCACUCUUCAACUCUGAUCACUAUGACACAGAUGUGUACAAUCCUGAGGCCCCCAGCAUCACCAAUACUUCCAGGCAGAUCUAUCGUCACCGGGUCAAUGCCCAGAGACCCAACCUGAUUGGUCUCACUAUGGGGGAGGUCGAUCAGCCACACAGAGCAGACAAGAUUCCCAACAACAGUAUGAGAAUUGUCAUGGAAUCUGAUUCGAGGAAGAGACCAGCUCCCUCUCAUGAUGGAGGGCUGCCCACCAAGAAACCUUGGUUUGACAAACUCAACUUUAACAAACCCAACCACCAGGGCAUCCACAAAAGGGCUCAGUUCCCUCCUAAUGCCAAGCUGCUUGUUCGGCAAAUUCCCCCCGAGCUCAACAACAUCAGCAAACUCAACGAGCAUUUCAGCAAGUUUGGAACCAUCGUCAACCUGCAGGUGGCCUACCAGAGUGACCCUGAGGGGGCACUGAUACAGUUUUCCUCUCCUGAUGAGGCAAAGCGGGCCAUGCAAAGCACAGAGGCGGUUCUCAACAACCGUUUCAUCAGGGUACACUGGUUUCGUGAGGAUGGAAACGAUGCCCAGGGCCAGUCUCAGUUACAGCAGCAGUCGCAGCCACAGCAGCCUCCAGCCACUACCCUGAAGCAGUCUGUCAAAGACCGUCUGGGACCCAUGCUGCCCCAGAAUUCAGAGCCCGGUCAGGAAUACGGUGCAGCCUCACAGAAUCCCACUAAGCUGUCAGUGAAGGAUCGUCUAGGCUUCCUUACAAAACCAGCAGCUCCCAUUGAAAAAUUUCAGGUGUGUUCAACAUCCAUGGGACUCACAAAGACUGUGUACAAUCCUGCUGUCCUGAAGACAGCACAAAGAACCUCAGAGGAAGCUUUGAAGAAGAAACAGGAAGCUCUAAAACUGCAGCAAGAUGUGAGGAAGAAGAAGCAGGAAAUAUUGGAGAAGCACAUUGAGACACAAAAGCUCCUGAUAUCCAAACUUGAGAAGAACAAAUCAAUGAAGGCAGAGGAUAAAGGCAAGAUCAUGGAAACUUUGGACAUGUUAACCAAGAGCAUCACCAAACUGCAAGAGGAGAUAAAAUUAAUCUCAAGCAACAGCAACCCACUGCGGAUAGCAAAAAGCAAGGCCCAGGCACAGAAAGAACUGCUGGAUGCAGAGCUGGAUCUGUAUAAGAAGACUCAGGCUGGAGAGGACACAGCUCUGUUGAAGAUCAAAUAUACCCAGCUGCAAAUUGAGGCAGCUAAACGGGGGCUGCUGUCACCAGGGCGAGGCCGGGGUGUCCAUCCUCGGGGCCGCGGUGCUGUCAGGGCUCGGGGAAGGGGCUCUAGGGGGCGAGGAAGAGGUGUGCCGCUGCACGCAGUCGUGGAUCAUCGACCAAGAGCGCUAAAAAUUUCUGGUUUCAACGACACAGACCGCAUAGAUUUGCUACCACACUUUGCUCAAUUUGGAGAAAUUGAAGAUUGCCAGAUUGAUGAGGGUAACCUGUCCGCGGUCAUCACGUACAAGACGAGAGCGGAAGCAGAGCAGGCGGCUCUUCACGGAGUGAAAUUUAAUAACCACACUUUGCGCCUGGCUUGGCAUAAGCCUGUCACCACUCUCACUACUGCGGAUGCUGACGAAGCAGAACCAGAGGAAGAUGAGUACCCAGAAGAGUCUCUAAGCGAUGAUGCGCUGCUGGCGGACGACGAUGAGGAAGAAGACGACAACGAGCCUCGCCCCUGGCGCAGAUGAGGCUCACUCAGAUGUUUUUGUUUGUUUGUUUGUUUUCUUUCUUCCUCUGGUUACACUGGUGUGGAGGACAAGUGGAACUUUAGAGAAGAUUUCAAUGCUUGCUUAUAAAUCAGCAAGACACAUUUCAACUUUGGCUAGAUGUGUUUUUUUUCCCCCUAGAAUUGCUGUAACUGGCAGAAAAACCAUGUACAAGUUUAAUGAAUUUCAUUGUGUAUACCACAUGCAACAGUGCUGUUUUUUUUUAUUGCUCUUAAUGUAAACAGUUUUUUUUCUUUGUUAUUUGGGUUCACAAAAUACAAUUAGUUUGUUGGGACAUAUGACAGCUGAUCACUCAAAGACACAUUUUUUUUGAGCUCCUAAAAAUAAAAAAGCUGUGUUAUAAUUUAAACGAAUGACUGUAGCUUUUGCAGAAUAGUUAGGUUGACUGGUUUAAACGCUUGUGUGUAAAUAUUUUAUGAAUGAGUUUAAGUGAUUUGUAUGAAAGCUUGGCUUCUAAGUUCUUUGCUUUACUUUGGAUUGUACAAAAAAAUAAAGAAUUGAAAUGGUCUAAAAACAUGCUGCCAAAAAAAAAAAAAAAAAAAUCCCUCCCGUGUUUCCCAAAAGAAAAAAAACAAAACAAAACAAUUGGCAGUGGGGGAAAAAAAGAAAGCAGCCAAAAAAGAGCUAAAAAAAGACCAUUUCAAAAAAACAAAAAAAAGCCCUUCAUCUUCACCUAAGAGCAAACUUCCUAAAAAAAACAAACAAACUCAACAGCUUUAACUGGAACUGGUAAGUGCUAUGUAGCACCAAGUGGCAAUAUAAAGGUAAGGCAGACAUCAUGCUGUAUAUCUAUUUUUGCAAAAAAAACCAAAAGUCUUUUGCAUAGCUUGACUGAAAUGAUAAAAGUGAUUCGAUAGUCUCUAAAAACUUUUUUUUUUUUUUUUUUUUUUUUUUUUUUGCAGGAGCUGUCAGUGUGCUGCAGCGUCAACAUUUUUACACUAAUCUUGUAAUGUUGUAUCGACUGUAUCAGUCUUUAUUUGGUGCCAAGCUCAAUGUGAUGCUGUAUUAAAAUACAGAAAUAUUUUAUGAA